AUGAAAGUAAAUGUGGACGCUAUAAUAAGGUUAAUAAGAUCGUUUUGCGAUCUCUUGAACCAUCGAUGGAAUUUAUCAAUGAGACAAUCUAUAUUGAUGCGAUAUCUUCGAUGUUUGGCAAAGCACGGAAUUCCAUUGCACUGCAUUUGGCAUUCAAGGGUGGUCACCCGGAUAUUCAACUAUGAAGAAUUUACUGGAAAGUACCCACCCACAAGAAAUCUCAAGCUGUUUUUCCUUGAUUGCGACAGUGAGUACAGUGCUGCGAGUUACUGUUCAGCUGAUUUGUUUGUCAUC